UGGCACAGUGGAAUUACCUGCUAUACCGCAUUUGGCCUUUAGGUGCAGCUGCUGCUUAAGUUAAACAGAUAAUCAAGUUCAAUCAGGCAGUGGUUUUUCUCCUGUAGGGACAUAUGGCUCAUUUCAAAAUAUAUCAAGUCUGGUAAGUGUCUACAAGUUUAUACAAAUAUAAAAGUUUUAACUCUUUACCCUUUGCUCAACUUAAAUAAAUUAGUUUUGACUAAGAAAUAGGGGAGAAAUAAGAUGUCACAGUGCAUGUAAUGGUGAGGAAGAGUAGUCUAUGGUUGUGCUUUUUAAAGUGAAAUUAUCUCACUGUGCUGACUGUUAAGCAGAUUUUGAUUUUGGUGGUAUUAUUUAAUUAGAUUUAUCAGAAUAACGUUAUUAAUUGAAUUACAGUUUAACAUGUUCUAUGGCAAUAAUCUCUUGUUUUGAUGUCAGUCUGUUUUACAAGCUUAAUCAAAAUAUCAAAAAAUAUUUCACAGGUAGUAAUUUGACUCAAAAUAUCCCUAAAAGACUACUCUUUUAUUGACUAGUGUGACCUCAACACACUUUGUAAACCCUCCAUUCAUGCAGUGAAUGUGUGUGUGUGUGUGUGUGUGUGUGUGUGUGUGUGAAGGGGAGGGCUGAAUCUGCAGCAGCAUACUGUAGCUGCUGAUAAAGGAGACUCAACUCUCAGGUGUCAGCACUGUAAACCGAAGGUUACUCUGAAAACUGCUGGGUGUGUUCUGCUGGUUUCAUGGCUCUCCUCACCAAUGCCACCAUCCUGCUGGUCCUGGCUUGUAUUUCCUGUCAGCUGAUGUUGAGCAGCUGUCAGAAGAGCCAAGGGAGGAGGGGACGGGCGGAGGACAGAGGAGAACACAGGAACAAGCCAGGGCUAAAGGAGGGCAGUCAACUCAAAUAUGUCUCUGAACAGCCCAUUAAGGGCAAAAUGGUCACCAAAGACAAGUCAAAGUGUACCUGGGCAGCAACAAAGGUGGCCUUCUCCUUCAUCCUCGGUGUCAGCUGCAAGAAGGGGGACAAGAGCUUCAGCUGUGAGUACAUCGCCACACCAAUUGUUUGUCCCCAGUACUCUUCCAAUGUCAAACUUUACUGGAAGCAAAUCGCCAGGGAGCUCAAGAAGAAAAAGAAUUUGUGCCAGAACAGUAGAGCGAAGGUCAGGGCGGAUAUGUGCAGAAAAGCUGCCAGGGAAGCUCAUUUCAAACUGCUUCAUACCCAUACGAAGACUGACCUGCCUUCCACCCCACAGCCCACAACCAGAGCUGUCCAAUCCUGUCAGCCUGAAAACCGGAAGCUGGCAAAGGAAUACUGCAAAGACUCCUGGUCGAGUGUUUGCACAUUCUUAUUCACUAUGAUCCAGGAUUAUGAUUGUUGAGACAGAAAAAAGUGAAAUAAAUUCAGCUCUCUAUACUCUAUACAUAAUGUCUUAUUAUAGACGCUAUAGAUGAAAUAUGAAAUGUAAUUUAUUCUCACAGAAUAGUCUUAGUAAAGUUUGCUUUUAAACUUGCUAUAAACUUACUUACUAAACUAUACUUUGAUUGUUCCCUCUUGUAAACACACAAUGUAAGCACAGGUAGCCUGGCACCUCUCCAUUUUUGUCUCUAGACAGCACAUCUUUAUGUAAUUUUAUUUGUUUUCCAUCAAACUCAAUUCAUCCUUGAUUUAAAAAAACAACUUAAACAAGA